UCCAGCACCGCGGGGUAAGCUUAGCUAGUGUAUCCCGCUAUCAGUCGGGCAUUCGGGACAAGAGCGGACGACGCUCAGCCGGGCGCCGAGCAACCACCAGAGCAAACCCACCCAGCAAACCCACCACCACACCCACGCUCCAUAGCCGAGACCUCCUCGGCGCCCUCAUCGCCAUCGCCCAUCGAAGCCCUGCAUCCACAUGGCGCCCCGGCCCCCUGCCGCCGCACUCGCUCGCUUCCCCCCGUGGCCCCCUCCCCUCGGACCUACAUAUUGUACCUAUGUAGGUAUGUGCCUAAGGUACCCAGCACGCGCAGCGGGGCAGCGCGCCACAGCAUCCGGCGCACGCGCGAGCGGCGUGCUGUGCAUGGUGUGCGUGCGUGCGUGCAUGCAUGGUUGGAUGCAUAUAUGGGUGCAUGGAGCAAGCAGGCCGUGCGGAUCCGUGGCUAUCCUCUCUCUCUCUCUCUCUCUCUGCCACCAUCCCUGCACGCCGUAAGGGUCCAUAACGUAGGCAGGUAAGGUACAUACGUCCGCCCGCAACCCCAU